CAUUCGUUUCCUCUGUGUAAAAUCGGUAGAGAACCCUAUCACCAUCGCUGCACUAGAAAGCGUCGAACGCCAUGUUUGUGAGGAAUAACCACAGCGUGUGAAAAUUUUCCUUUUUUUUUGCUAUCGCCAACCAAAAUCACCAAGAACAAAACCGGCGGAAAAAGAGGGGUAUCAAACUCUUUAGAACCAAUACGCAAACAGUUUAACCAAAUAAGAAUUCGCUCACACCAGCAACGUCUCAGUGAGACAUUCUCUAUCAGUCUUGUACUGUUGUGUGGGGAAAAUGGCUUUUGAAAGCCUUUUCUCCAACCCCCCAACCCCAGUUGACAAAAAUGAUGUUCUAAACAUGACAGAGUCUGAGCUUGCAGGGGACGAAAGAGAGGAUGGUGAACUAGAAGAUGGUGAAAUAGAUGAUGAUGGACUUGAAGGAAACCCUGAAGUGAAGAAAGAUUCAAAAGAAAGUGAAAAAGAGGACAAAUCAUCCCAUAGACGAUCAAAGAAGAAGAGAAAGCGAGAAAAGGAAAGGGAAAAGAAAAAAACAAAAAGGAGAAAGAAAGAGAAGCACAAGCGACAUUCUCCUUCCAGUGGUGACUCAGAUUUCAGUUAUGACUCUGAUAUUGAUGCUGAAAGAUCAUACAAGAAAGGUCCUGUUUCCUACCGAGAAUAUGAUCCUCCUUUCUCUCCUCAUGCACAAGGGCCUGGAAAUUACAUGAAAUCUCCUUCGCAGAAAUGUUACAAUAACAACAAGGCUGAUAACCGAGAUUAUGCUGAGUAUAGUGACUACAGUGAGGAGAAAUAUGAUGCCUAUGAAGAAGAGGAAUGUGAUGACUUUGCUCAUGAAUUAAAGCAGUACAAACAGGCAAAGGAAGCUUCAGCGGUUAUGACUCCUAAAGGGUCACCAAUGGGACAGAUGCGAAAGCCUGGAAUGAAAGGUAUUAUGCAAAAAGGUAGAGGUAGAGGAAUUGGUCGGGGCCGUGGUAUGAGAGGACAACCGAAACAGAAGCGCAAGGUUUGGGGUCCUGGAAGAGGAGCUGAUGGUGGUAUGAUGGAUGCUUCUGAUGAGGAUGGUUAUGGAAAUACAAAUUUUCCUCGGAAGAAGAAGAAAAAUCAAGAUUUUUCAUUCCAUGGUGAAAAGAUUAGAAAAGGAGGCAUAUGCAAGUAUUUUCUGGAGGGACGCUGUACAAGGGGGGACCAGUGCAGGUAUAGUCAUGAUGUUGUCAUACAGAAGAAGAAGGACAUCUGCAAAUUCUACCUAAAUGGGUUUUGUACCAAAGGAGAUAACUGCAUUUUCAUGCAUGGUGAAUACCCAUGCAAGUUCUACCACACCGGAGCAAAGUGCUAUCAAGGAGAUAAUUGCAAAUUCUCUCAUGCUCCACUUACUGAAGAAACAAGGGAACUAUUAGACAAGGUGCUGAACAAUGAAAGUAUAAAUUACGACAAUAACAAUGAUCACAACAGUACCAAUGAUUUUGAUAAUUAUGAAUAUGAUUAUGAGUAUGUGUAUCAUGAAGAUGAUGAUAAGCUUGAAGUUGAAGAACUUAGGAAACAAGGUAUAGCUCCUCUUCCGAAGCCACCGCCAGGAGUUGGAUUAUUACCAACUCCUCCACAACCACCAAACUAUCCUGGUCCAAUGCCAAUGGGUCCUCCUGGCAAUCAACCACAACCAACUUCACCAGGGAGGAAGAUUCCCUCUAUAUUUGAUAUUGUUGUACAGCCAACGAGUGUUUUUGUUCACAAGAUGGGACGAAGGCCGCAGAUUUGUAAUUCACCAUCACCUCCACACCCGCCAUUUGAAGAAAACCAACUGCCGCCUCCCCCUCAGAUGUUUGGAGCAGGUCCAGGUCCAGAACAAAACAUGAUGCCUCCAGGACCCAGUGGGCCUUCAGAGUCUCCUGGUAGUUUUGGUCCUCCUUGUCCUCCACAUAGUAUGCCAGUUCCACAUGGUCUACCUGGGCCAGUCAUGCCUUCAGGCUUACCUGGACAGCAAGUAUUACAGGGCCAGCCUGGAACAUCAGUUCCUCCAGGACACCCUGGUUUACCACCACCUCCCGGAUUUCCUGGUCCACCAGUGAAUGCAGGACCAAAUGAAUCUCCAGGUCAUAUGGGAUUUCAGGGAGGUAUGGUGAACAUGCCAAUGGAACAUCAGGUGCUGCCCUCUCAAAAUCAGGCGCACCCACAAUUCACAGUUGAUGCAUCUCAACAAAUGCAACAAGAAGGUUCAUACCAGCAAGACAUCACGUACCAGCAAAUCCAAAAUCCAGUGGACUUCUAUAACUCCUACUAUUCCCAGAAAAUAGUGCAUAGUUUGGAGCAAGAAAAUCAUAUGGGAGAUGGAAUAUCAAAUUUGACAUCUGAGCAGAGGGAUCAUCAGUCUUACUUGGGCACAGAUGAUUCCAGAGACAGUGACACUGAAUCAGAUGCCAGCAGUUCAACAGGUCGUAAGCCGAGUGUUACUGUUCCAGACUUCCUCCCAGCCAAACAAAAAGCUUUAUUUCUAAGAAUUAAGCAAAAGCAACAAGAAGACGGAGGAUCAGACAAUAACCAGUCACAGCUGCUACAGAACCGGGACGAAGAUGAGACUGUAAAUUGGUAUUCAAGUGAUGAAGAGGAAGAUGGUAGUAGUGUAAAAUCAAUACUGAAAACUCUCAAAAAGCAAAGUGAGACAAUGAAGAACCUGCAGCCUUCUGUAACUGAGCAGACAUCAUACACCUAUAUGGACCCAAGACUUGUGAAAGAAAAACCCCCUGAAAAUAAACCUUCAGAUCUUCGAUUAAGAGCUGACUUGAGACAGGGUUCGACUGGAGAAGUCAAAAAGCCUUCAGAGGUAGUCUCUGCUGAUCCUAGAUUAGCAAGAGAUCCCAGAAAGAUGAAGGUACAUGAGAAUGCUAAUGCAAGUCUUUCUGUGAGUGAAAGUCCUAAACAUGAUUCUCAACCUAUCUCAAACACUAAGCAGCAAGGACUGGAUGAUGAUGAAGAAACAGAACGAGAACUGAGGGAAAAACCAGCUAUUAUACCUUUAGAUACAUUACCCAGUGUGACCUUGAGGGAUCCACGUUGUCAGCUGAAGCAGUUCAGCCACAUCAAGAUGGACAUCACCCUUUCAAAGCCUCACUUUGCAAAACUUGUUGUUUGGACUCCUGAGGAUCUCCUUCCACUGCCAUUGCCAAAGCCAGAUCCAGUGUCUUCAAUAAAUUUGCCUCUCCCUCCAUUAAUAGCUAAUCAGCGCCUGAAUAGAGCUCCAAGUAUUGUAAAUGACCCUCGUCAGAUUGAUCCACGGUUAUCUUUGCGGUCUAAAGAGAGUAAUGCAGCGAAAACAGAAAAGAAUGCCGAUUCAAGAGUUUCUUCUGAAAGACCAUUGGACCCACGAUUGCAAAAGUCAUCAAAUCCUAGAUUGCAGAAAAGCAAUAGUACAGAUAUUACUUUGAGAGAGACCCAUGUUGCACGGCCAGAUCCUCGCUUAUCAAAAGUAAGCAGUGGUUCUACACAAGUGUCGGGCGUCACUGUAAAGAUGGAUCAGUCACUCCCUCCGUAUGCUCCCAAAUUAUCUUCAAGUGGUAUGGGACUUGGAUCCCCUAGCACAUUGCUGAGUGGCAUCAGUUUGUAUGACCCACGAACCCAGACUUCACAGAGUUUAGUGACGUCAGUUUUAACUACACAAGCAGAUUCCUCUAAGGAAGGAGAGCAACUAAAGAAACCUCUUGUACCAAAAAAUCCCACAAAGUCAGAAAAUGUUCUCUGUGACUCAGUACUAACAUUUAAAUCUUCAUUGGUGCAAGAAGAUAAUAUUGCAGAGAAUGCAAAUGAUCCUGCUGCAGAAAAAUCAGACAUUUACAAACCACAAUUAAAACCUGAAGCAUCCCAGGCAUCAGCUACCACUUCUGCGCCUGCAGUACAUAAUCUACCAAUCCAGGCUUUAGCUGGCUUAAUCAGACCACAGUACAGUGACCCGAGACAAAGUAAACAUUCUGGACCUCCUAGCCAAGUGGAUGAAGAGGAUAUAAACAGUAAAAAGGAUAAAAAACCACUGAAAGAAAUGUUCAAAACUUUUGACCCAACAGCAUCUCCAUUCUGUUAGCACUCACAUUGAGAGACUGUUAUUCAGUCUGUA